AUGGAUUAUGGCAGAGCAGUAGAUACAGUCUAUCUUGAUUUCAGUAAUGCAUUUGAUACCAUAUCCAACAGCAUCCUUGGAGCUAAACUGGAGAAGUGUGGCCUGGAUGACGAAGCAGUGAGGUGGAUUGGGAGCUGCUUGAAGCAUAGAAGCCAGAGAGUUGCAGUCAAUGGGAUGGAGUCUGGUUGGAAAUCUGUUUCUAGUGAAGUCCCUCAAGGGUCAGUGCUGGGACCAGUACAAUUCAAUAUAUUUAUUGAUGACCUGGAUGAGGGAGUAGAAUGUACUAUCACCAAGUCUGCUGAUGACACAGAAGUGGGUUUUGUUCACCUGAACAAUCAGCCCAUUCAGAGGGGGAUCUCUUGUCCCACUGAAGACCCAAGCAGCACCAAAACUGUGCAGUUCUUCAGUGCAUGGAAUGACUUGGAAGCCAAUGCCUGCAACAUGAUGGAUGUGCCCCUUAGAGCCCCAACAAUGACAGUGCAAGAUGUUCCUGGUGCCUUUCCUACAGUGGAUGUCCCAGACCAUGCCCAUUAUACGAUUGGAGUGAUCAUUCUUAUAGUGGGGAUCACAGGAACUCUGGGUAAUUUCCUGGUCAUCUAUGCUUUCUGCAGGAGUAGGAGCCUUCAGACACCAGCCAAUGUAUUCAUCAUCAAUCUAGCUGUUAGUGACUUCCUGAUGUCCCUUACACAGUCUCCGGUUUUUUUCACCAACAGCCUCCACAAACGAUGGAUUUUUGGUGAGAAAGGCUGUGAGCUGUAUGCCUUCUGCGGAGCUCUUUUUGGCAUUACAUCCAUGAUCACUUUGAUGGUGAUUGCCUUGGACAGAUACUUUGUCAUCACAAAACCUCUGGCUUCUGUUGGAGUGACAUCCAAGAAGAAGGCCCUAAUAAUCCUGGUCGGAGUCUGGCUGUACUCUUUGGCUUGGAGCCUCCCACCCUUCUUUGGAUGGAGUGCAUAUGUUCCUGAAGGUCUGCUGACUUCCUGCUCCUGGGACUACACAACUUUCACACCAUCAGUCCGUGCCUACACAAUGCUGCUUUUCUGCUUUGUCUUCUUCAUUCCUUUGAUUGCUAUCAUAUACAGCUAUGUUUUUAUAUUUGAGGCUAUCAAGAAGGCAAACAAGUCUGUUCAGACAUUUGGAUGCAAACACAGAAAUAAAGAGUUCCAGAAACAGUAUCAGAGGAUGAGAAAUGAGUGGAAGAUGGCCAAAAUUGCACUGAUUGUCAUCUUGCUUUAUGUCAUUUCCUGGUCACCAUACUCUGUUGUUGCUCUAGUAGCUUUUGCUGGGUAUUCUCAUGUCCUAACACCCUUCAUGAACUCCAUACCAGCUGUGAUUGCCAAAGCUUCUGUCAUCCAUAAUCCCAUCAUCUAUGCCCUGAGUCACCCCAAAUACAGAACAGCCAUUGCAACAUAUGUUCCUUGCCUUGGAUUCCUGAUGAGAGUUUCUCCUAAAGACUCACGGUCUUUCAGCAGUUACCCCUCCUCCAGACGAGCAACCAUAACCAGCCAGUCCUCUGAGGUGAGUGGGCUGCAGAGAGGGAAAAGCCAACUGUCUCCUGUCUCUGACAGUGAUUCAAGCUAUACUGACACAGAAAUGGACAAUGCCAGUAUGCUCUCCAGACUUGCUAGCAGACAGAUUUCCUAUGAAACGGGUAAAGACACAACUCAAACCAGUGACCCAAGAGCCAAACCUAAACUGAGGAGCCACGAUUCUGGCAUAUGUGAGAAGACAUUUGUAGAUGCUGAUGAGAUAUCUAUGGUGGAACUGAAUGCCACAGAGUAUACUGCUACACCUACUGGAGGUGACAGCAUUAAUGUUACUGGACAAAGAAAAGGAGAGUCUCACCACAGACCAUCUGCAGCCCAGAUACCCAGCAUUAAAAUAACAUACAGCAAUGUCCAAAGAGAGGAGCUGCCUUAUGAAUACAACUCUGAUUUCCUGUACCCUAAGACCAACAGCCAGCAGAACAAGAAGUCAAACAGCUAA